CUGCGAUUGCGAAAGACAUGAGAUAAGAGUAGCUUCCCUUGAUAUUAACAUGGCAGCGACUGUUCCUUCAGUUCCUGCCUCCCUUCGCCAAAUCCAGCACUACAUGAAAACAGCUGCCGAACAUGACAAACGAGACGUCGUGGUUGCCUAUUACUGUCGCCUAUAUGCUCUGCAAAAGGCAAUGGAGAUUGACAAGAAAUCUCCAGAAGCCAGGCAGUUUCUUGUUUCCCUGAUGGAUUACCUGGAAAAAGUGAAGAAAGAGCAUCCAGAAGAGGCCAUCCAUAAUGAGGUAGUUGGGCAAGCACAUAUGGAGAACUAUGCUCUCAAGGUCUUUUUGUACGCUGACAAUGAAGAUAGAGCCGGGCGCUUCACCAAGAAUGUUGUUAAAUCUUUCUACACUGCAGGGAUGCUGUUUGAUGUACUGGGCACGUUUGGAGAGUUGUCAGAAGAUCUUGUCAAAAAUCAGAAGUAUGCCAAGUGGAAGGCUGCUUACAUCCACAGAUGUCUUAAGAAUGGUGAGACUCCCUUGCCUGGUCCGAUGCUAGACGAAUAUCCAGAUAGCGGUAUUGGAAUUGAAGAUUUCUCUCAGCCAGGAUCCUCUUUCUUGGAAGCUCCUGGUGGGAUGUUUCCCACUCCUGGAGUUCAUGCUCCUCCCACUACACCACAAGACCCCCCUGCAGCAGCAUACACCCCCCAGCCAGCUAAUCCACCCUUACCAACACCACGGAAAUCUCCUCCACAGGAGAUUGUUCCAGACUGGCAACCACCGCCUAAUCCAGCCGGUGUACAGCUCACAGCCCUACACUACCAGAAGGCAAUUAAAUUCUGCAAAUAUGCCAGCAGUGCCAUGCAGUACGAAGAUGCUGCCACAGCCAUUGACAACCUGAGUAAAGCUCUGAGAAUUCUGACCACAGGGAAGGACGUAUGAAUGCUAUCCUGUUAGCCAGACCUCCCAGAUUGCCUUGUAUAAGUUUGAUGACAGGCCUGACCAAAUGGCACGUUGUUUUUCUUUUUAUCCUAUACUUACAGCGUGAUUUUUGAUCAGCAGACAGCACUGUGAGGACGAUGAUUGUCAGAUUCACAUAACUAACUGGAUCAAAGCAAUCGGAGUCCUGAAUGACCUGAACAUAGAAUUGUGAUAAUAAAGGGACUGAACCCGUUGUUUCUAACUUCGACAGGUCCCUUCUACCAUUGUGGAAGAUGGAGAGAACGUGCAAAAGUAAUACAACAUAAUUUUAUCAUUAAAUUUCUCGUGAGAUUAUUUAGUAAACAUUGAAAAAUAGUAAUGAUCUUAAAAUUUGUAGAAGUUUAGACUAAACUCUUUUUUUCUAGCGGGUGGAAGGGGGAUAAAGCAGCAACCCUGAAAAAAAUAAUACAAAUAUUACAAAAGUACUAGACAUUUUCAAAAAUCUUUCCCCUUACAUUGUAUUAUUUGUGUUGUCUCCCUUCUGGUGUUUGCAAGCAGUGUCUGAACAUGGAACAUGAACAUGAAUGCAAAUGAAAGUUUUACUUUUUUUAAUACAAAGAUCUAAAUUAUUGAUUGAAGGUGAUAUUGUAACACUGAUGUUCAUAUGAAAGAUUUAGGUCAGGUUUAUGUAAAAAUUUAGAGUAGAUUGAAUUGGAGCAGGAGUGGAGACCCCAUAACAUGCAAAUUUAUUAGAUUCAUGAAAUGGAACUCUAAGUGAUCACAAUCAUACAAAUUCAUAAGAGGAUUCCUGCAAUUAUGGAUAUGCACACAUAAUUCAGGAUUACACACACAGCAUAAGCGAUGCGAUGCACAGACACACACUCACAGAUGCAUGCAAGUACACAGACAUAUGAAUAGAUUUAUGAAAAGUGUUACGUCUUUGUUAUUAUCAUACACAAAAAUGACUUUUUAACUGGUCUUGAUGCAUCAUGUCAGUAAAAUUUAAAAUAUUCUGGACACGUAGAGUUUAAAGUUCUGUCCGAUUCCUUAUUAGUAAAAUCUAAUAUUAAUUCAGGCUUUGAAACAGGACAACCAGACACUGGCAUGCCAUCCAGUUAUACCAGUGUGAGUUGGUAAAGACUGAUGGGCAAACAGCCGCUGAAAGCUUCUACUCAGACAUCUACAAUUUAGAGUAUAUCAGCACUUUCAGAAAAAUACACAUUUUCACUCUAUAAAUUUAGUUUGUAAUUAACAAUUUAAAUUAUGUUUCAUGUUAGUUUAUGUAGGGAGUGGGUUAGGUUUGUUUGGUUGGUUUUUUUUUAACCUCAAGUAUUAGUGUUGGAACUUGAAAUAUUUUCCAGUUUUUAAAUAAGAUUUAAACUCUCCAUCUUUAUUUUUAGCAAACAGCUUUAAUGGCCCUCAGCUAUUUCAUGAAAAAAAUGCAUGAACUAGCUUUCAUCCUGUAGAUAUUUUUACACAGCUAAGGUGUUUGUAAAUCAUUUACAAAUUUGUAUUUGUUGACAAGUUUUGAGGAAAUUGAAUCUUACCAUCAAAGAAGAAGAGGUGCUGCUUGUUUUUGAAAGUUGUUGUUCCAGGAAGUUGUUUCAGAGUGAAUAUCACUUUUUUCUAAUGAUAGUUUUCCCUCACUCCCAAUGCCAGGUCACUGCUGCAACUGCAUGACCACCUCAGUGAAUUCAUCACCUGUAUUGCUCAUGUUGUUGUCUACAUUCAUUUGGCUAGAAUGUUAAAUAUUUUAUUCUUGUGUAAUCCUUGCUAGUCAUCUUCCAGAACCUUUCACCUUUGGCCUUUGUUCUUUAUUUCUUUCUUUGUGCCAGCCUCCUGUGUAAAGUACAUUUUUACUAACUCAUUUGGAUUAAGAAAUGCUAGCACGGAAAAUUUUUUUUUUUCAUAAGCACAUAUUGUCCUUGCAAAAACAAUUGUUUUAUUAAUUUUAAUUUUGUGUUUAGCAAAACUACUAAAACAAUUGCUGUUAAUAUUUGGUGUUCUGUUAGCAUUAUGUAAUGUGAUAACAUUAUUGGGAUCAUUCUUAUUCAAAAAUUAACUUAGCAUUGGGUCUUUUUUAAUUUUAUGACCUAAUAUGUAUGUGUUAAUCAUAGCCUGUGUGUGUGUGAGGGUGUGCAUAAGGACAUGAGAGUGCAUGUUAGCACAUGUAAAGUCAUCGCUGUGCUGUAUUUGUGAAUACCUCUUGUACCUUUAAAACACUCAUAUUGUCAUUGCUGAGAACGAGAUUAAAUGAGCUGUACAAAUGA